UCGACGGUUAACAAACUCGGACUCGGAGCGACGGUGGUCCGUGAUCAAAGCCGAGGGGAGAGGAUGAUCGGGCGGCGUGCUGGAACUAAUCGGAUCGGUAUGAGGAGGGACGACUCGUAUCUGACUCGGUUCGUUGACUCAGUGUUUUCUCUGUUCCGAUUAGCUGAGUUUGAGAUCCUGUUUGUGAUGUUCUUCGUUAUAGCCUACGUCAUCUUCAAAGAUCUGACGGCGAGGCCGGAGUACAAUCGGAUUCUUGUGGAGAAGCCCGGUGGAUCUGACAUCUGGCCGUUUUAGAUUGAAACUAAUCAAACUCGUACACGUCUCUGUAGAACUGCAAUGAACUAAUGAAGUGCGUUAGCUUUCUUUCUCUUGUGAAUGUCACUUUGUUCAAUUUUUUUUUUAAAUUUCGUUCUCCUUCCAUAGUUGUACUUGUAAAGCAUUAAGUUGCAAUCACUAUCCACACUUUGACAUGUCCAUUGUUCAUCACAAGAAACUGAUAUUAAUUCAUGAGUUUUCAGUUGAA